AUCAUCACGUCUCAGUUAUGUGUGAGUGAUCCCAGUGAAAGACUAGUCCUUACUGAAUUUAAAGUAAUUGUCAGUUAUUUGAAUUGAUGCCCGAUUUUUCAUUGAUUUUAUCAUUUCCCGGUACCAUUGGAAGUUAUAUACCCAAGUGGACGUUGAUUUCGGAAGCUGCGAUUGUACGUCAACAGCUUUAUUAGGCGAUACGUUGGUGGAACGAUUUUUAAAACGACACGAAACAUUCGUCAUGAUAUGAACUUCAUGAUAUGAAGUACCACGUACAAAAAGGUGCUGAUGAUCGUAUAAGCAACAAAUCCUGUGGAGUCCUCUACAACUUAAGAGAAAAAAGGAGGUGAUCGGAAGUUACUAAAAUUUAAAGAAAAGGAGAAUACGAUUUAUUACCGCUGGAGACGCUGAAAGUUGAAACAUGCCGCCAACUUCAGUUAGGCGGAAGGGCCUUUUGGCCUCUUCCAUCCUCCUGAUAGCUCUCUCCGUCGUCACCACAGAGGCGUCACUUCUACCACCUCGCCUGAGAGCUUCACAGACAGAAGUUCAUCUAAAGGAGGGUCAGAAGGGAGCUGUUCUGGAAUGCUUACUUGAUGUAGGAGACGAUCCUAUUUCCUAUAGGUGGCUCAAGAAUCAGAAAUGGGUAACUGGUGCUCUUGGAUAUGCCUACAGAGGCUAUCGCCAACUCCUGUUAGCUUUGCAUCCAGUGAUGAAGCAUCACGCCGGUACCUACGUUUGCGAGGCGUCCAAUGAAGCUGGAGUGCACUCUUCUUAUAUCAAUGUUAUUGUAGAAAGUCCGGAUUCUUUAAUGCCUGAAGAGGUAGAAGCUCCCCAUACAGAUGCAAUCCUGAGUGACUUUGCUACCUCCUUCAGUGAUGUCCUUGCUGAAGGGAACUGUGAAUGUGAUGUUCUCUUCUUGAUGCAUGCCACUGGCGAUGCUCCAGAGGAGACGUUUGCUGCUCAAGCAAACUUGAUUCACACAAUUGCAGACAGCAUAAUUUCCAGCACCGUACGGGUAAGCCUGAUGACCUACUCAGACUCUGUCGAAAGCAAGCUCGCAUUUGGAAAGGGCACCAACAGGUGUGAAUUGAGAAAAGCCUUCCAAAAUCUUACUCAUCCCCAGUGGUCUACACGAAUUCAGCCAGUGUUACGUGACACUUUCAAAAAACUUAAGAAGAACAAGAAUCCCUGCAAAAUUGUGUUUUUGCCUAUCUUUGGCUCACUUGGCAUGGAAGGUGCUGAUUCAGUCGAAGCCAAACUUCUGAAGAAAAUUGGAAUAAAAUUAUUCAUCCUUGAGGUCACAAACGAACCUAUCGAAGGAGUCAGCGAAAUGGCUUCCAAGCGAGGAGAUGGACUCCCGUACCAUUGGCACAUACGUUUGGAUGUAUGGCCUACGAUUGUUAUGUAUAUGAAAUACUUGUCAGAAGAGUUGGUUGCGUGUAUGCCGGAGAAGAAUGACAUUCCAGGAAAAUGUGUAGGUAUUGAUCAAGAAUGCACCUCUGAUGAUAUGUGUGAUGGAGUAGGAUAUGGCUGCACAGAUGGUCGGUGCCAACCUCUUGAAUGUAAUGUGAAUUCUCAGAAUCCAGGUUGCUGCAAUCAAGCAGGGCAGUACUGGUGUGGAGAUGUGACCAAACAGUGCACUGAUAAAACAAGUAUAUGUGAUGGAAAAGUUCAGUGCAUGAAUGGAGCUGACGAGGAUAGAUGUUGGUCACAACCAUGCCCAGCAGAUAAAGUAGCAAGAUGUCAGAGCAGUACCCUUUGCUUAGAUUUGAUGGAUUUGUGUGAUGGGAAACCUGCUUGCCCAGGAGGAGAGGAUGAAGACUCUCGGUUUUGCAGAUCUUUUCCAUGUCCCACCGACAGAUCAUUCAGAUGUCGCAGCGGUAAAUGUAUAGAAAAACGAGGAGUGUGUGAUGGUGUCUUUAAGGACUGUGAAGAGGGUGAAGAUGAAGACCUUGAUUAUUGUUCUCGUGUUCAUACCUGUCCAUCUUCCUUGCCCUUCAAGUGUGAUUAUGGCAUCUGUAUAGCAGAGAAGAUGAUGUGUGAUGGAUCUUACAAUUGCUUAGAUGCAUCAGAUGAAUUAGUAUGUCCAAAGCGAAGUUGCCCAGCAGACCGACCUUACAAGUGCUUAAGUGGCAUUUGUAUCAGCAUGGAUAAGGUGUGCAAUGGUGCAUUGGAUGGUUGCGAUGAUGGCGGAGAUGAAAAGAACUGCACUGAAGUUGUCUGUCCUUUUGACCGAAGCUUCAAAUGUGAUAAUGGCCUUUGCAUUGAUGGAUGGCUUAGGUGUGAUGGUCAUGAUGAUUGCCGAGAUGGAAGUGACGAGACCAAUUGCAUACCAGAUGAACCCAGCACUACCACAGAACGGCAGUCGUGUCCCAGUGGCCAGUUUUUAUGUGAUACUGGUGCUUGCAUUUCUGAAAGAAAGAUUUGCGAUGGUCGAAAAAACUGUAUUAAUGGUGAAGAUGAAAAAGAUUGCAAGGAGUGGACUUGUCCUUUAGAUCGUUCCCACAAAUGUGCAGAUGGAACAUGUAUAUCUUCAGCAACACAAUGUGAUGGCAUUGAACACUGCGCUGAUGGAUCCGAUGAAAUUAAUUGCACUCAUCCUGAAGAGUAUUCUGUUGAUGAAGAAGAGUAUGACAGUGAUUAUGAGGAGGAAGAGGAAAGAAUAGAUUCCCCAUCUUCAACAACAGGAACAAGAGUAGAAGUAGAAGAAUAUUCUGAUUAUGAUGAACCAGACCGUAGAGAUGACACUGUCAAUGAGGAAGAUUCUUUCUACGAAGGAGAUACGGCUGCGGAAGAGACCUUGGGUGAGGAGCCAACUGACAAAACACAUGUGCAUCAUGAAGUGGAUGAGGAUGAUACAGAAGACUUUGGAGACAUAGAAACUAUCUUAGAAGACCCAGAAGCUGCUGAUGUACAGCCACCAGCAGCUUCCAGUAAAGAAGGUGUUUCCUCAAGUAAUAGUAUAACCCCUCUAUCAUCAUUCAUUGUGGCAUCUUUGUUACUACGUCAUUUUGGAUACAUGUGGAUGAGGUGAAAAAUGUGUAUUUAAAUGAAUCUCAGUCGAUCUGUAAAAGAGUAACAGUGUUAUCCCUCGCAAAAGCAGGUGAAGGUCACAUGUAAACAAUUUACUGUGAAAGUAUUGCAUUAUCAAAAAUAUUUCAGAUGCAUACUGUGUUGCUGACUAAUCCCAGUUAUUACUUGUUCACUUCUUAAUUUUUUUUACACAAGAAUGAUUCAAAUAAUGAAAUAUUCACAUAAUGGCAUUUCUCAUAUAUCUAAUUACAGUAUGGGAAGACAAGUGGAUUAGAUUUUCAAAUUUAUUCAGGAGAACCGCGUUUGUAGUUAUUUUAAUCAUUUCAAACAGUUUGUCUCUGAUAGCAUAGAAGACUCUUAACUUCCCUCAGAAGAAUCUAUAGAUUAAUUUUUUAUUCCACUAGCUUAUUUCAGAGUUCAGCAGUGCCGAACUAUAUUGUUGUUUAAAGGUUGUUUGAGUAUUUUAAAAUUAAGAAAACCAAGAUUUAUCAACAUUUGACAGCUUUGACAUAAUACUUCUAAAUAUAUGGCUAACAGCAAUCAACACUUUCAUAAUACGUAUUUGGUGAAGAUAUGAGGACAUUAAAUGCAUUUCUUUGCCACUUGUACAUAAGAUCCGAAGACGAUCAAAAUAAAAACUGGGAAGCCAAAAUGAUACCAAAGCUAAGGCCUGUAAAGGGAUGUGUUUUCUUUUGGACUAAUUGCAAAUAUUGUACAUCCUAAAAGCAGAAGACAGGUGCUGUUGUAAAGAUGUUAAGGGUAAUGUAUGUUGAAAACAACAUGUAACCUUUUAUAGAAAUUUCCGCUUAUUUACAUGUUUUUACACAGGUAUCUUGCACGGUAAGUGCAUAGAAUACUGUUAGGUUAACGUACUAACAGUGCCUUAAUUUUUGAAGGUACAUUCGUUUCAUACUUCUGUAACUCAUAUAUAACGUAACUAGUGUCACUAAAUACUUAGUGCUAAAAUAGGUCCUAAUGCUAGAAUAGGUCCUAGGAUGAUGUGGACAGGUUUGAAAAUUUUUUAGAUGUUGAAUGAAAGCUGUAAUUAUAACUAUUUGUUAUUUGUAUAUAUACUGUAUCAUGUCUUGAUUUAGAUUGAGGAUUCCACUUAUGUGUUUAAAAAUUACUUAAUAUUUUUUCAGUCUUUAAUAUGCCAGGAAAAAUCUUUUUCAUAGCCUAGUCCAUACAAUAUUUGGAAUUAUCUGCUAUUAACAAAAAUCAUCAUGUAGUUAUAAUCUUUCAAAAUCACUUGAUUUUAUGAGGAUGAAACCUUUGGAUACUUCCUUAUUUACUGCUAAAACAUAGCUUCCCUAAACUAUAUACUUUUGAAUUUCCUCCCGAUUCUCCUUACACUGUUUGCCAAAUCAUGAUAUAGUUCUUGAAACAAGAUAUGUAGUGAAUACAUUGCUAAUGUAUUGUUACUUACAGCUAAGAAGAGUAGGAGAGUUAUUAAGACAACAGAUGUUUGUAGAAAUACCACACUAGAUAGUUUUUAAGUAAUAAAAUGUAAAUAUAAACCAAUUGCAUUAAUUAUUAACUGCAUAUAAUGGACAUAUAAGGUAUAAAGUUCAGAUCAGUGAUAUGCACUUAUUUAUUUCUAAGUAUCAGAUUAGGGAGAAAUAUGCUUCUUAUAAUGAAUUGAUUCCUCGGAAAUUCAUCAGAAAAUGUAGAGGCCAAUACAGGAUAACAUUUGUUUUCUUUGCCUUCAAUUCAGCAGUAUCACAGGACUACAAAGACUAAGGUUACCCAAAAAUAUGUAUGUGAAUUUAUUUUUAUAGAAAGGUUCAUUUUAAGAUUAUAUAGUGACCAUAAUAGCACAAUACACAAGUGCGUUGUUUCUGGAAGAUUUGUUGAAAUAUCAGUAAGUUAUUAAAAAUACUCUAAAAAUGUAACUUUUUCACAAAAUGAAACGGGAUCUAUAUUGUAUGUGAGAAAUCUUAGUUCAUAAUGUCACCGGCUCAUUCAAGUAACUGCCGUUUGCAUCUGCGUUUGCACUGGGUUUUAAGAUGUUUGCAUGGUAGUGUUGGUUUUAAAAUAUUACUGAUAUUUUAUUUAGAGUUCAAUAUUUUUGAUUAAACUGCGAGGUAUUAAACACUCACAGGCGUAUUUCAAGCGUAAAUUAAUAAUCAGCCUGAAUAUUGAUUGAUUUUAUGUACAUAAUGUAUAAAUUGGUGUCCUAAUUUUACCAGUGUUGAAUCUGAGCAAAGUAUUACAUAAUAAACAUAUUUAUGAAUAGAAAGAA